CCAGGGGCGGACUGACCAUUUGGAAACUCGGGCACUGGCCGAGGGCCCAGGGUCAGUAGGGGGCCCCAUGAGAUGCCCCUGGUACCUUUUUCAUAGGUUUUUUGGAGUUUGGGCAAGGACACAGGGGCAUAUUGCCCAGGGGCCCCAUGAGUUGUCAGUCCGCCCCUGGUCAGUACCCUCAUCAGUGCCUCCUCAUCAAUGCCAACCAGUGCUGCCUCAUCAGUGCAACCUAUCAGUGCUGCCUCAUCAGUGC